UUUCCGGUCCUGAAAAAAAAAAGAGUUUCCAGUGUGCGCCUGGAGCAAAUCCACCCCCUCCCUCCCCCAAACCCACACCUCGUCGUUGCCACCACCAUUGCCGCCGCCGGAGAGCCCGCCCUCUGGAGGCGCAGCCGCCCGGCGAUACCACCGUCGUCUCCGCCGCCAUGAUUUGCGCAAUCUCCGGCGAGGUGCCGGAGGACCCGGUCCUGUCGACCAAUUCGGGGCUGCUCUUCGAGCGGAGGCUCAUCCAGCGCUACAUCGAGGACCAUGGGAAGUGCCCGGUCACCAAGGAGGAGCUCGCCAUGGACGACCUCGUGACGGUGAAGACCAACAAGAUUCCUAAGCCUAGACCUCUGCAAGCUGCAAGUGUCCCUGGACUCCUUGGUAUGUUUCAGAAUGAGUGGGAUGCUCUCAUGCUGUCUAAUUUUGCUUUGGAGCAGCAGCUACAUACAGCAAGACAAGAGCUCAGUCACGCGUUAUACCAGUGCAAGGUGCCAUUUGAUAUCAGGAUCUUGAUAAAACCUCGCAGUUGCCAGCUACAUGAUGCUGCUUGCCGUGUUAUCGCCAGACUAAAGAAGGAAAGAGAUGAGUCUAGGACACUUUUGGCUCAAGCUGAAAGGCAGAUUCCUAUUUCAGCUGCAGGACCUGCGCCUGUAGCUGCUGUUACAAAUGGGAAAAGAGCUUUGGAAGAUGAAGUGGGUCCUGAUGGGAAGAAGAUACGUCCUGGUAUUAAUCCUGUCAUCAUCGAUGAAUUAACAGAAUGCAAUUCUGUGCUCUCAGCACAGCGCAAGAAACGGCAGGUACCUCCAAGUUUAGCACCAAUUGAUGCACUUGAAAGAUAUACUCAAAUCUCCAGUCAUCCACUUCACAAGACGAACAAACCAGGGAUUUUAUCUAUUGAUAUUCAUCAUUCAAAGGAUAUUAUUGCUACUGGGGGUAUCGAUACAAACGCAGUUCUUUUCGAUAGGCCGUCGGGUCAAGUCUUGUGCACUCUCACUGAUCACUCAAAGAAGAUUACGAGUUUGAAAUUUGUUCCCCGUGAUGAGCUUUUGAUAACCGGAUCAGCAGAUAAGACUGUCCGUGUAUGGCAAGGUAAUGAAGAUGGAAGCUAUGGUUGCAGGCACACAAUGAGAGAUCAUGGUGCAGAGGUUGAAGCUGUCACGGUCCAUGCUAGUCAGAAAUACUUUGCAACUGCCUCCAGAGAUAGCACAUGGUGCUUUUAUGAUAUUUCAACAGGGUCUUGCCUCACACAGGUUGGUGAGGCUUCUGGACAAGAUGGAUACACAUCAGCAGCUUUCCACCCGGACGGUCUUAUUCUUGGAACAGGCACGUCAGAAGGUGUUAUCAAAAUUUGGGAUGUAAAAUCACAGGCAAGGGUUGCAAAGUUUGAAGGGGAGGUCGGGCAUGUUGGAACAGUGACUGCCAUGUCCUUCUCAGAAAAUGGAUAUUUCCUAGCGACCGCAGCCCUUGAUGGUGUCAAGCUUUGGGAUCUACGAAAGUUGAGGAAUUUUAGGACCCUCUCUCCAUACGAUCCAGACACACCAACAAGUUCUGUGGAGUUUGACUUUAGUGGAAGCUAUAUCGCCGUUGCCGGUUCUGAUAUAAGGGUUUACCAAGUGGCCAAUGUCAAGACGGAAUGGAAUCUUGUCAAGACGUUACCAGAUUUAUCCGGCACAGGGAAAGUGACAUCGGUGAAGUUCGGGGCAGAUGCCAAGUAUGUGGCUGUAGGUUCCAUGGACCACAACCUGCGCGUAUUCGGGCUCCCUGGAGAUGAGCAGAUGGAGGAGGCAAAAUCAGAAUCAGCGGCGCAAUGAGUAGAUGGUACAUAUCUUUGAUUUUGCUCAGGAUGCAGCAACCAUUUUGCCGUUGGUAGUCCGUGUCGUCGAGGAUACGCUCGAAAGAGGAAUAUGCAUGCCCCUGAACUGAAGCAGCCCGGCGGUCCAAGUGGUCCAUCAAACCUGUGGGGCGAGCCACAUGUUUUUUUGUAAUUCGACGACGUUUGCACCGAACGAAAUAUCUAUCUAAGAUGCCAAAGGCUGUCUAGGUUGUUGGUCGUUUGAUGCGAGGGCCGCGCGGGAUUUGGUAGAUAUAGGUUGAGUUUUACCAGAUAUAUGUAUGAACUUGAACUGUACAAGGCUGGCAGAAGCGACGUUGAGGAUUCUGCUACCCUUUCUGCUAGGAAUUGUAGUAGUAGUACUGUUUUUACUGGGCCGUGGCUUUCCGAGGUUGAACAUUCAAAAUGUUUUCUGUGGUUAAA